AUGGCUGGUUCUUGGGUCGCACUUACCCUUCUCCUCUAUGCUGCUCUUGUGUCCACCGCCAAUGGCGACCACAAGCUCUCGGCCAGGUACUACGAUAAGACGUGCCCCAACGUACAGCGAGUCGUGCGGACGGUCAUGGCGAACAAGGUCGCUGGCGAUCCGACGGUGGCACCCGCCAUCCUCCGGCUCUUCUUUCACGACUGCUUCGCCAACGGAUGUGACGCCUCCAUUCUCCUGGAUAGCACGCCCUUCUUCGAGAGCGAGAAGGAUGCGGUGCCCAACACUUCCGUCCGCGGAUACGAGGUGAUCGACGAGAUCAAAUCUGUUUUGGAGCACGACUGCCCGGCCACCGUAUCCUGCUCCGACAUAAUCGCCCUCGCUUCCCGCGACGCCGUCGGCAUGCUCGGAGGACCCAGCUGGAGAAUGCCACUCGGCCGCAAGGACUCACGCACGGCGGACAUGUACGGCGCCGAGAACCUCCCGACCCCACAUGACAACUUCACCGCGCUCGUCUCCACGUUCAGAGACAAGAUAAUUGCCGUAUCCCAGUUCCUGAAUGCUCGCGACAUGACUGCGCUCUCCGGCGCGCACACGGUCGGGAUGGCCAACUGCGAGAAUUAUAGAGAUCGCGUCAACGAUAAUGUCGACAUCGACGCCUCCUUCGCUGAGACCAGGCGGAAGACGUGUCCAGCCAAUGAGAGUUAUGGUGGCAUGGCGCCUUUUGACGAACAGACUCCCAUGAGAUUUGACAACGCCUAUUACAAGGAUUUGAUAGCGCGGCGUGGCCUUCUCAGCUCUGACCAGGCGCUCUACGGCGCGGGUGGGCGGCAAGAUGCUCUCGUAGAGAUGUACAGCAAGAAGGGUGAGAUGUUCACGAGGGACUUUGCCAAGGCCAUGGUAAAGAUGGGUAACAUAUCGCCAUCCGAGAAGACACCGGUGGAGGUUAGACUCAACUGCAUGAUGGUCAACUGGUGA